AUGUAUGUGCCAGCUCAGCGAGAUCUUCGCUGGCUUCUGAAGGUACAUCAUAUAUGUACAGGGACACUGUACAUCAUUUUCCUUUUAUGUAUAUUUAUGAAUUUCUAUGUUCUUCUAAGUAGAGAAGAUACUGUAUUCUAUUUGCGAAUGUACCACACGAUUAUUGCAUUAUUGAUGUUCUGUUGUGGAGUAAUCGAAAUCGAAUUUUUGAUUAGAACAAGGAAACUUCCAAAACUAGAUCAUCCUCAUGAGAUUCCCGAUCCAGCUUUAAUAGGAGCUAUUGCGUUAACUAUAGGCAUCACUUUGGGAUACUUAUAUUUCAUUAUUUUUAACUAUGCGUUCCAAGAUUGUGAUAAGCUGGUUGAUGCAAUUUACAGCUCCGAGCUGUGGAUGGAAACUAUUUAUGAUUUACUGAUGGCAUCAUUUUCUAUGCUUAGUCUCAUUUAUAUUCUUCAGAGGCGUUACUUCGGAGCUAUAAACUCAAACCUGGAUAAGGUUGGACGAUUGUUCAUCAACAUUACGUUUUCCGUGGUGUGGUUAAAAGUUGUUAUUUAUAAGGCAUAUUUAAGUCAUCAGGAGCUUUGUCAACGUAAGGAAUUAGAGGGCUACUGGUGUCCCGUUAUGAAAAGACAUUAUGAGUGCGUGCCUUCUAAUGAUUUACAUGGAACUCAGAAAAUGUGGUUGGUCCAAAAGAUAGGAAUACUGUCUUCUUCUAUCAUCUCUUGCGCUUCUGAAUUCUUCCCUGUUCUUAUCGUAACUCAUUGGCUGUCAUGUGGAGGUGCUGAAGAAAAAGCGGAGGAUAUUGAGAAGCGAAGACAAAUGAAACAAGGUGUUCGCUCUCUUCUGAAAGAGCUGAUGAAAGAUAUAUCUCGAGUAUAUACUGGAAAUUCUGCAUUAGAUACAAAGCCUCUGAGGAUUCACCAAAUUAUCAAAAUCACGUUCUGGAUUUUAACGCCUAUAGCCUGUGUUGCUUCCUGUAUAAAGUGGCUUGUGUGUUUCUAUUACACAAUUGACUUUGAUCAUUUAAUAGAAGAACAUUGGAAAGUGUAUGAUGUUGUUGGCUUAAUAGCUAACAUCGCUCAGUUCUUCUUCUUUGCUUCUCUGUUUCUAUUUGCUGAGAAAUUCCUCAAGAACGAUCGUCUGGAUGCUCAUCAUAAAGCUCAUGCUCGUGGUGACGUCUCCAUCCUUUUUGGAUGUUGUGUAGUUUUGUUUAUUAAAAUGGUUCUGCAAUGUACGGAAGUUGAAUAUCAGCGGAAAGAUGGAUUCUAUACGACAACUGAUACAAUCACAAACACUUUGAGUUACGUACUUGUUCAUUCCUGUCAAUGGUUCCAAUACUUUGCCGUCCGUCGAAUCUUAGCUAUGACUGAUCGAGACUGUCGUGCAACUAAGCGUUUCAUUCCUUUGAUUGCAGCUGGAGGCCUUCUAAUCGCUUGGAUACAUUUUGGAAUAACUUUCUUCGACACAUCGCUCAUCAAGUAUCAAUUAACUGAUGAAACAUUCAGGUUCUCAGAAACUGCUCUAAUUUGCAUGAUCUUCACUCAGACUAUAUUCCCAGCUGACUACUUGUUUGCAUUCACAGUCAGUGGAUGUUAUUUAGAGUUGUUACAAAGAUAUUUGAAUAUGGGAUUUUUCCAAAUUGGACAACCAAGAUUAGUAGCAAAAGGUCAUGGACAUGGACAUAGUCAUGCUGAACAUGCCGGAGAAGCUGAGGAGCUUCAUGAUGAACGUUUCAAGCACGGUCCAAAUAUUUCUACAAUGAUGCACGCAGCUCAGAUCAUGUAUCGGAAGCGAGUAGAAUCUGUUGCGACAAGUUCGACGGAAUCCUCACUCGACAGCCACAUGAACACAAUAAGUGUGCAUGGGAAAGAUGAAUGA